CGGCAGGUGAACUUCUCUCAGCGAGUGGGCGGAGCUUCGACGACGAUUGGUGCGAAGUCGAGUGUGGGCGGAGCUUUGUGAGACGAGUGGAACUUCACCGGCCAAACACGCUUCGCAUCGACACGACACACGUGCACGCUAUCACUGAAAACACAUACUUUAUUAUCUGCGGCGGAUUAUACGAACGGAAAUGACACAGGUCAUUUGUCACGAUUUGAACGAGGUCUGGGAUGACAUUAGCGAAUUUCUGGACCAAGAAAAUUUUCGCUGUGGUGAGGUCAGCCGACUGGCAUUCUCUCCACUCGAAACGCCGACAGUCGCAAUGCUCACAAGAGCUCCACCUCGAGUACACGACCAACCCGUCCGAGAACCCCCGAUAACCCUGGCCAUGCCCCCGCCAACCCUGGCCUGUGCCAGCUUCACCCCCUGUGCCCCACUGCCCCCACCACCACGACCAUUUCCAGCCCCCACAUGUGCCCUAGCCUCUGUGGCACCCCCAAUCACAACUUGUUCCAUGCUACCCACCACAUCAGCUGAUUCUACUACUGUGACCUCAAUGCCAACGUACUAUACUCCAUCACAACCACAGCCAUUACCAGCCCUACAACCACCACUACCUAUUAAGGAAGAAUCUCCACCAUCCAGUCCCGAGCUACCGUAUACUAGCGCCGAUUCAGCUACAUAUUCCGCAAGUCCACUGGCGAACAGUUUGCCAGAUUUGAAUACGCCAAAUACGAGAAUUCGAAAAUCGAGCAGUGGCGAAUGUGAAAGUUCAACAGAAUCUGAAGAAAGCGAUCGACCCCGUCGAUCUCGGAGAGGCAGAGAAUGCAAAAGACUUGCUGUGCAUGCCUGCCCCUACUCUGGAUGCCUGAAAACAUACUCCAAAAGCUCCCACCUAAAAGCUCAUGUGCGGACGCAUAGCGGUGAAAAGCCCUAUUGUUGCUCAUGGGAAGGUUGUGAAUGGAAAUUUGCAAGAAGUGAUGAGCUGACAAGGCACAAGCGAAAGCAUACUGGCGACCGUCCAUUCCAAUGCAGCCUGUGCGAUAGAGCAUUCUCUCGCUCAGAUCAUCUCAGUCUACAUAUGAAACGACACAAUGCUGCUUAACUUCUUUUUUUUUAUAUGCGACCCGUUUUGCAUCGGCAUUUUAUAUGAAAGCCUAUAAAUAAAAUCUUCCCUCUGGGGCAUUUCAUAUUGGUGGAUGCUUUUCGGGAAGUUUCUCAAGUGCAGUCUACUGAAUCCAGAACGUCGCGUUCAAACGAUAGAACAUUGUCAACUUUCCCUACGACCUCGCGAAAGAAUCUCAGAUUCAAAAUAUCUGGCA